UGGGGAAGCGGAAGUAUCGAACCGUUGUUUUGCUAAACCAUUAGCUGGGUCUGUUGCACAGACAGUCCAGCUUCUUCUUAUUAUAUCUAUUUUGAAACUGUUAACAUUUGAACAGCACUCAUGGUCAGGAUGACCCAGAAGCGCAGCCUGGAGGGCCAGGUGUACUCAGUGCCUCUCAUCCAACCAGACCUGAGGAGAGAGGAGGCUGUCCACCAGAUAGCAGAUGCAUUAAUCUACUUGGAGACCAUUUCUACAGAUAUUUUCAGAAGAGUGUCGGAGAGUGUAGAGAAGAACCGCCGCCAGCUGCAGAGCGUCACUGACCGGAUCAGACUAGCUCAGGCCCGUGUCGACAAAAUCAAAGGCAGUAAGAAGGCCACCAAGGUUUUCUCCAGUGCCAAGUAUCCAGCCCCAGAUCGACUUCAGGACUACUCAUCUAUCUUUACUGGGGCUACAGACCCCUCCUCACAAACCCGCUCCCGAUACAGGAUACAGAACAAACUUCGGCCCUUUGAUGAAAAGGCCUUGCAGGAGAAGUUGAUGUAUUUCCCAGUGUGCGUAGGCAAUAAGAAGAAGUCUGAGGACGAGACAGAGGAGGGGCUGGGAAGUCUGCCACGCAACAUCUCAUCUGUCAGCUCCCUGUUGCUCUUUAAUACCACAGAAAACCUAUAUAAGAAGUAUGUGUUCCUUGAUCCUCUGGCGGGAGCUGUGACUAAAACACACACAACACUAGAGACAGAAAAAGAAGAGAAGCCGUUUGACGCUCCAUUGUCCAUUACUAAGAGAGAACAGCUAGAAAGACAGACAGCAGAGAGUUAUUUCUAUGUGCCAGACCUGGGCGAGGUGCCCGAGAUAGAUGUGCCAUCCUACUUGCCUGACCUGCCAGGCAUAGCGGACGACCUGUCCUACAGCGCAGACCUCGGGCCUGGCUUUGCCCCGUCAGGACCCACACACAAUAUCCCUGAGCUGCCCUCCUUCUCUGAAGAGAGCAGUGUAUCAGGAUCGCAGCUCCAGCCUAACGCUCCACCUCCCCCACCACCUCCCCCUCCCCCUCCCCCUCCUCCUGAGCCUGCCCUCGCUUCUGCUACUCCUGCAGGAGCUCCCCCUCCUCCACCUCCUCCACCCCCUCCUCCUGUUGACGGCCCCGCAGAAGUCUCUCGAGCCCCAAGUUCAGGUCCUGUGUCUGGUGCUCCCAGCGAGGUGGUUCAGCCGUCAGACAGCCGUGCCAGCCUGCUGGAGUCUAUCCGCAACGCCGGAGGCAUCGGCAAAGCCAAGUUACGCAACGUUAAGGAGCGCAAGAUGGAGAAGAAGAAACAGAAGGAGCAAGAGCAAGCAGUGGGAGCAGCAUCUAGUGGUGGAGACUUUAUGUCUGAUCUUUUCAAUAAACUUGCCAUGCGAAGGAAAGGGAUAUCUGGUAAGGGUCCAGCAGGUGGGGAGUCAGGUGAAGCUCCUGCUGGUACCAGUGGUGCAUUUGCCAGGAUGUCCGAUGUCAUCCCACCGCUUCCUGCCCCACAGUCGACAACAGACGAUGACGACUGGGAAGCGUAACAUGAUGGACAAUGAACACGUAAAGCACUGAUGUAAAAUGGGCAGUAAUUUUCCUUAUAAUGCCAGUGAUAAUGAAUACAUUGCCUAAGUAGUUGAAAAAAAAAAAUUACAGAAACUCAAGUGAUUAAC